AUGGAUAACGCGUCUGACUACGGAUCAGAAGAUUCCAGGUUCGAAUCCUGGCAGGAUCGAAACUUUUCCAUUUUCACACUGAGGCGUCCUCGGCCGGCGCCGAAGCGGCCCCCGUCUCCUCCGGUAUCGUCAGCGGCUGACUCCGCUCAGUCAUCAGCGACCACCUCCUCUCAACCAUCAGCAGCCACCUCCGCUCAGAGCUCAGCGACUAGUUCUUCUCAACACUCAGCAGCCAGCUCCGCUCGGAACUCGGCGACUAGUUCCGCUCAGAGCUCAGUGGCUAGUUCCGCGCGGAACUCGGCGGCCAGCUCGACGCGGACAGCACCCGGGGCCGACUCUCAGCCUGCUACCGGCCGCAGUGAGGCGGCCCGUUCCGUCUCCACCGAGGAGCCUGAUUCCAGCGCGGCGACUGAGCCCAGCACGGCACCGGACACCAGCGCGGCCACUGAGCCCAGCACAGCAGCGGAUACCAGCGCCGGGGCGGAGCGGAGUGUCCCCACGGAAACCAGUAUCUCCACAGAGGAGAGCGGGACGACCGAGACGAGCGCCGCCUCCGCGGCCAACACGGUGACGGAGAACAGCGAGGCCGGCCGCCGGUCCUCCGGGUCCUCCUCAGCUGCGUCCUCCGGGAGGACGGGGGCGGAGGACUCGGCACGCUCGGCCGCCUCGGAACGGUCGGGCGGGGGCGGCGCGGCGGCCGAGGGCGGCGCCAGGCGGCCGCCCAGGACCACGGCCAGGCAGAAGGCGGCCAAAGCCAGUCUGUCCGAGUCUCGUCUUCUGGCCAGCGACUCGACCGCCUCGCUGCGGGCGUCACUCCGCUCCUCCAAGAGUCUGAGCAGCCUGGCGCGCUCCGUUCUGCCCGACGCCACUCAGUUCACACUGGAUAUCAUGCGCCAGCAGCUGCAGGAGGAGGAGCGUCACUCCCACCACCGGAUGACGCUGCUGCGGGUCCAGGAGAAACAGCUGGUCGACUCCACCACGGCCCAGAUCAAACGCCUAGAGAUGGAGAAAAGGAAAUGCAAGGAGGACGGUCAGGAUGAGAAGGUGUCGGCCAUUCGCAAGAAGCAGAGAGCGCUCAUUAUGAAGCUGAAUCAGAGGAAGGCCGAAAUCGAAUGGCUGAAGGAGGGGGAGCAGCUGGCUGCCAAGGACCGUCAGCUGAUUGCCAGUCAGCAGGAGCAGCUGGCGCGCGCGCAGCUGACCGGCCGGGACCGGGGCGGCGGUACGGAGCGGACCACCCAGCCGCAGGUACCGUAUUGCCGUACUAACUCGCUUUGGUGUCUUAGUUCAUGA